AUGUCCGCAUUGAACAAUUUAUUUGGAAAUUCCAAAUCAGACGCGGCAGGUACAUCAUCGAUUGCAGCGUUAUUCUCCAAACCUAAUCAUGUCGAUGAGCGUAAAGUAAAGUCGAAAGCUAGGACUGUGCUAACUGAGCCUGAACAGGAUAAGGAUGAACAAGAAGAAGAGAAUGUCCAGGAAAGUGCUUCUACUGUCUCCGAAGGAGUAGAGAAAGAACAGGAAGAACAGGAAGAACAGCCGAAGAAGAAAAAGAAGAAGACCAAGAAGAAUGAUGAAGAGAAUGAUAAUUUGGAAGUUCAAUAUUAUUCUAAGGUAUUAGGUGAUUCUAAAUCUAAAGAUGAACCUAAGGAUGAACCUAAGGACGACUCUUCCGAUAGUGAUAAUGAAGAUGAAGCAACUGCAGUCGAUAAGUCUUCGAUUACCGGCACGGAAUCUGAAUCUGCUAAAGUUAUCAAUUUGAAAGAAAAGGAACUAGCCAAGGCUGAGAGAACAAUUUUUAUUGGGAAUGUACCAAAUGAGGUUAUCACAUCAAAGAAAGUUUACAAAGAAUUUAAGAAACUUCUCUCCAAGGAUCCCCGUAGCGAGAAUGAUGACCACGAUGACGGAGAAGAAGACGAAGAAGAAGAAGAAAGUAAGACAAAAGAUGUUAAGUUUAAUGUGGAAAGUAUCAGAUUCAGAUCCAUUGCAUUCGAAGAAGCAUUGCCAAGAAAAGUUGCAUUUGUUCAUCAAAAGCUUCACAAAUCUAGAGAUUCGAUCAACGCAUAUGCCGUAUAUGGGAGCUCCAAUCCGGUCAAGAUUAUGUGCCAAUAUCUGAACGGUAAAGUGUUCAACGACCAUCAUUUGAGAGUGGAUUCGGUUACACACCCCUCCCCACAUGAUAAGAGAAGAUCAGUCUUCGUGGGUAAUUUGGAUUUUGAAGAAGUGGAAGAAAGUCUCUGGAAGCACUUUGAACCUUGUGGUGACAUUGAAUAUGUUCGUAUUAUUCGUGAUUCAAAGACGAACAUGGGUAAAGGUUUCGCAUACGUUCAAUUUAAGGACUUCCAAUCAGUGAGUAAAGCGUUACUACUACAUGAAAAGAAGAUCCAUGAAGGUAAGAAGGCCAGAAAGCUAAGAAUUUCUAGAUGCAAGAAUAUGAGAAAGGCCCAAGGAAACCAAUCUUCCCUACAAAAUAAUAAAUUAAACGACCAACAAAGGACAAAACUGGGAAGAGCUAAGAAGGUGUUAGGUAAGGCUGAUAGGGCUAAGCUAGGUGAAGAGUUGACAAUUGAGGGUUUAAGAGCUUCAAAGGGAGAAACCACCCCUGUACUAAAAAGAACAAAGAACAGAUCAAAGACAGGAAGAGUUACUAAGCGUUCGAUAGCUUUUAAGAAACAAAAUGCUCAAUAA